CCAGGAAUGCAGUAUGACGCUAUUGUUGAUGGCUAAUUCUGAGAGUAUCCCUCACACACAGCACAACACGUACCGACGAUGCUGUUUCAUCUAUCUGUUGGUACUGUUGAUAGAUACAGCCUCUCAGCACAGGUCGGCUGAAGAGGGCGUUGAAGGAGGCUCUGUUGUUUUGCGGUGCAGUCACAGAAGCUUUUUACUUGAAGACAAACAACUGACAGUCUACUGGAGACACAACGACAACAGGAAUGUAUUCGAUUUUAUCCAUGGAGAAGUUUCUGUUGAGGAUCAACACCCAGCGUACAAGAACAGAGCAGAAGUUUUACCUGAAGAGCUCAAGAAUGGCCGAAUCUCACUCAAACUCACCGAUCUCCAGCUCUCUGAUGGAGGAACGUACAUCUGUUUCGUUCCAGAUGUGGGAGUUCAUCACAGUACACAACUGGUGGUCAAAGAACGGCCAGUAACAGAACACAGAGCAGCUCAAGUGAGAAGCCACGGUACAGACACAAGCCUGGGAAGAUCUCUGCAACUCCUACUUUUACCGGGAUUCAUCCUGCAAUUUAUUUGAUUCUGCUCGUG